CUCGAGCGGUGAAUUGAAGCGGGAGAGACGCUUACGUGAGGCGAUGCCGGUGUGGCUUUCGUGAAUCCACGGAUCGCGAGCGAUGAGCGCGGAGGAGGCGGCGUUCCUGAGGCAGCAGGUGCAACGGCUCAACACAGUUCUCAAUCGGUACCAGGUCAAGUACUUGGCCCCACCUGCCUCCACACCGGCAGGAGUCUUUGGUGAGGGGGACCCACCAGCCCCAUGGCUGACGGACAAAAGCCUGCUCGCACCCCUCAUGGCCGAAUACGACCGCCACUUGGAGGAAAUGGAAGGGCAGCUCCGCAACUACCAGAGCCUGAUGGGCGAGAUGAAGCUCAAGAUGGAUAGAGUGGUGGUGGAAAACGAGAGGCUGCAUGCGGAGCUGAGGAAGAGUGUUGAAACACAGCUGGAUGGUGCGGCCACAAGUCUGGGUGUGCUCACUUCUGACCUUACAGAAGAGGACAUGGCCAGAAACCUGCAGGAGCAGGUCCAGUUAGCCAAUCAGGAGAAGGAGCAGGCGCUUCAGAUGUGGCGCAUAACCACGGAGGAGCUGGAGCAACUGAAUGAGCUCUACCAGGAGCACGUGGGCGACGCUCAGCUACACCUGCAGGAGCGGCAACACUACAAGGAGCAUCUGACAGAGGUGCAGCAGUUUUCCCAGCAGCUGCAAGUCGCUAAACAGAGGCUAGAAGCGAGCAACCAGCAGCUGGCGAAAACACUCGGGGACCAAAACGUGGAGCUGAAUCAGCUGCGCAUUCAGCUCCGGCAGGCCAAGAUGGAGCUGCGCACGUCCGAUGCUAAGUCUGAGGAGCUGGGCAGGGCAAUGCAGAGUCUUCGCGAGGAGCUGCUGAAGAAAGAGGAGGAGGACACGGCCAUGCGGGGGCAAGAACAGGCGACCGAGCGGCGCUCGCAGCAGAUGCGCAAGACAGUGACGCAGCUGGAUGCCAGGCUACGGUUGGCGGCACAGGAUGGUGACUCGCUGCGCAGGGAGCGUGACGCCCUGCAGGCACAGCUGGGGGAGGCCGCACUCCGAGCAGCCCAGCUGGAGGAAGAACGUUUCCAGGCAAUGCGAAGGGCAAGUGAGGGUCUGCAGCUCCUCGAUGAGGCUACGCUGAUCAAGGACCAGGCACUCCUGUGUGAGCGGCAGAAGGACGAGGAGCUGGAGAGACUGAAGGAGGCCAUGGCACAGCUGGUACAGGAGGCGGCUGUCAGGACCCGCAAAGAGGUGGAGAACGUGAAGAAGCAGUGCAACGUACAGAUUUCACAUUUGGUCGCGGAGCUGUCCAACCUGCAGAUGGAGUGCAGUGACAAGCAGAACCUGAUGGAUCGGGCCAUCAGGGAGAAGAGGGCAGCCGAAGAUGAGCUGGAGAGGCUCUACCGGGAGGGCCACGGGACCGAGGGAGAGCAGCGCAAGUCGGACGUGCUUCUUCAGCGCUGUCUGGUGGCAGAGAGAGCCCGUGACGAGAUGGUGCUCAGCCUGCAGGCCACGCAGGCGAGGCUUCGAGCUGCCGAAAUGCAGCUGGAGGAGGAGCGGUCGCGUGCGAGGGCGGACGCGCAGACUCUGCGUUCACAGCUGGAGGCAGCGCGGGCCGAGUGCCAAGAUGCCGGCGAGCAGCUGCUGGCAGCACAGCGGCAGGGCGACGAGCUGCGGCGGCAUGCGGAGGAGAUGCGCCGCGAGGGCCAGGAGGCGACGCGAGCCGCACGCAAAGAGGUGUGGCGCAUGCAACACGACAGCAAGGCACAGGAGGUGGCGCUGGAGGCACGGCUGAAGGAGCUGCAGUUGGCGGGGCAUGCGUCUGUCGAGGAGCUGCACCGUAUGUUGGGGGCGCAGCAAAGUCUCACCACGCGCUUCCGUGAGGAGGCGCGCAAUGCCACAGCCGCUGCACAGAGGAAAGUCGCCAAGCUUGGAGCGGAGCUGAGCCGGCACAAGCAACACGCACAGGAGCUUACCGCUCUGCUGGAAGCUGCCCGCAUGGAUUUGGUUGAGAGCCAGCAGCUGCAGGCUGAGAGCCAGGAGAAGGUGGAGCGGUUACAGAAAAGGUUGGCACAGGCAGAGAACCGCGCCACCGCUGCCACUCAGCAGCUGAAUCGCUACUCGGCCCAGGGGAUUCCAAUCCGUGAUCGUUGAGCCUAAGACGGCGACAGCCACUGCAUUAAGUUUACAUCGUCACAGUGAAUAUUCCCACACUUCACCGGCAUCAGAUUGGCAUGGCAUAUCAGCGCAUAUUUCACAUCAAGUACAGAAAUCUAGUUUUAACUAGAAAAAGGCAAAGUUUUGCCAAUGUAUAAUGAUAACUAUAAAACUGUUACCUCAGGGAAUCUUGGAUUCUUUUUAUUUUGAAAGUCCUGCUUGGAUUGACAAAUGACUUAUUAUAAAACUUUGUAAUUACGUAAAGGAUGUGUAUAGGUCAUAGCAAAACAGUGGUAACUUAUCGGUAUCUUCUCUUCGUAUCAACUAUAGACCAUGCAGAGAAGUCUGUUGAGAACGGCCUCCCAAUCCCCCUCCUAUACCUGUCGGAGUGUGAAUGGGGCUCUCUCGUGCCUCUCUUUUCACGGCAAUGUGAACACUGUAUACAAUAUAUAUCUGUAACCACCAGGAAGCCAUUAUCUUCUGAUACAUGACAAUGGGGGGCUUCCCCUGUGACCUUCCUCUUGCCUAAUAUAUGGUGCAGAUGGAAUCCCCUCUUUUGUCAGGCCUCGGCUCAUUACUUGGGCAGGUGGGUGGGAGCCCCGUAGGUGUUGCCAUGGUCUGCAACAAUCCUUUAUCUUUGCACAUCCUGGCAGCACCCACAGGAGUAGCCGAUAAGUGUAUGUGUACAGUUCUCAAUCCACUGCUGGAUGAGGGCCUUCCCAUGCUGUUCUGGUUGUGGAUGUUAUACAACCAUACUUCACCACACUGGUCAGUGUCGAUUUAAAUUAAGGAGCAUAGAAGUGGUGCAAGUGGAUUUUGCUGCACUUCAUUCUAAUUCCCACCGCAGCCCUGCAGCCUAUAGCAGUGUGUGCAUGGCCGUCACACACCAGAGUACUGCCUAGGCUGAACCCUGCUUAGAAAAAGAACAUUGGGUGCAUUGUGGGAGACUUGGACAUGGGUAACUGAUAGGUAUAGGAAGGGAAUUGGAGCUGGCUUUGUAAGACUUCUCUGCAUGGCUUAACAUCCAUAGUAGAUUCCCAUUACUACUGUGGGUGCUGACAUGUCCUAAAACGUUUGUAUCUUAUUUCAGACAAAAUGAUCUUGGCCCAUAAUUAAUUGGACUGUCUAUGCAACAGUUCUGCCAAGCAUAAGGACUUAUAUUCCACUAUUUAAGUAACACGAAUAUAAUUUGUGUUGUUUACCUGUGGAUGUAUGGAAAUAAUUGUAAUUAAAUUAAUGCAGAUAAUGGUAUUUGUAAUAUGUAGUAUCGGGACCCCUCUGAGUUAGAGGGCACAAGUCUGUUUUAUUUUUUAUACAACUGUGAAUGUUACAUAAGUUUGCUGAUGUUUUGUAGCAAUACCAUUUAUGUAUUUUUUUCACAUUUUACUAUUUCGUUUGAUCUGUCAAUAUUUUAGAGAUAUACAAUUUUAAUAAGUGACUGUUUGCUGUAAUUGACUAAAAAAGGAUGGCCAACUUUUCAUUGUAAAAUGUGCAUGAAAUUGCAGUAAUGAUUUCUGAGAAUUAUUUCAAAACAAAUUAGGUCAUAAGAAUUCACCACUUCUGGGAACUGACAUUCUGUACAAGUGGGCACGUGUGCAGUAUUGUGGGUGGGUGCCUCUAAAUAUUUGCAGUGCUCCACACUGUUUAGAGCUGACAUUGACAAAGGUGAUAUUCUGGAUUUUUUUUACUUACUUACUGCUUGUUCAUAUUUCCACAGUUUAAAGGUUCCUCUCUUUUAAAUAAUUUGACAGCAUCAACUUAAAAGUGACUUAGAAAAUUCUAUUUUACUUUCAAUGGACAUCCUUUUUAAAGUGAUAUUGAUUGACAGGCGUUAAUGCACCAGCACUCGCUUAUCUGUAGAACCCAGUAUAGUAGAAACAACGUAAACAGUCUUUGAGGGGGGGGGACACGCUAAUUUAUUUGGCAUCUUGAGGUACAACCACACAUUGCAAACAAAAAUUUAAAACACCGACAUUUAUAUGCAACAUUUGUAAGCUUAACUGGUUUACACUGUAUGCAUAUUAAACAAAAUUUGUAGUUUAUUCGCAUUAAACAUUCAAAUUAU